AAAUUUCUAGAUAAUACAAUUUUCGAAUUUUCUCUGCUGAAAAUGCUUUUCUGCGUUUCGUGUUGCUAAGCAACGAAACAUUAUUUCCAUCGUCUCUUGUGACACAAAAGAAUGUUCAAGAGCUUACAUUUUGGUACAGAUUCUAUGUUACAUUGAAAUUUAAACUAAAUUUAAUUGAGCUUCAUGGAGUCUGUUGCGAAUGAAGCCGAAGAAAUUUAUCAGAGAUUGAUAAGAAAGAAAAGUGUUGUUGGAGUUAUGGUUUUUAAUGAAAAUGGCAUGCGGACAUCCAUGGAUAAUGCUACUACAGUUGAGAUCGCCAAUUCUCUCGUACCUUUGAAUGAAUUAGCCAGGAAGACUGUUCAAGAUCUGGAUCCAGAGAAUGAUUUGGUAUUUUUCAGAAUUCGAACUAUGAAGAAUGAAAUGAUGAUUGGUGUUGGGGAAGACAAUCUUUACAUUGUAAUUCAAGAUGCACGUUUUAUUCGAACUCCUCUGUCUGCUCAAUAGAUGUGUUUAGUUUUAAUCAUAAGCAAGUGAAUCAAAUAUAUUUCUUUCUUAUACAAUUCAUAGAUAUGACGAGCAAUUUUAAUUCACAAACAUGGAUAAUUUUUUGCUUGUUGUGUUUUAUUUUAAAUAUGAAAAUUUAUUGAAUAAAUAUGGACAGAUAAACUA